GCGGAUGACAACACAGCAUCACCAUCAUCAUCUGGCCGUCCCAUUUAGCUAAAUCCUCUGAGAUCUGACAAUUUAAACCUUAUAUCUAGUUAUUUCCGUACCUAGAAAAUGUCGGCCGAUGCGUUGUUGCACCUCGCCAAUUUCAGCACGCUGUUCGUGUGCAUGGUGCUGAAGUUCCCGCAGAUUUUUGCGGUGAUGCGGGCGAAAUCAUCGGCUGGAGUCAGCCUCAACAGUCUUCUCCUGGAGUUGAUCGGGUUCAUCGUUUUUGUAACGUACCAGAUGUACUACGACUACCCGCCUCCGACUUACCUGGAAUAUCCCAUCCUCAUUGCUCAAGACGCCAUCCUUCUCCUCCUGAUCCUCCACUACAACGGCCGCCUGUGGCAGGGCCUCCCAUACACCUUGCUGUUCGUCGGGGGCUGGAGGCUCCUCACUGUGGAGAAGUGGAUCGUAGAUUUGGCCAUGAGCCUGUGCACGUUCAUCAGCGGCGCCAGUAAACUUGCCCAGCUGCAGUGCCUGUGGAGGACGAAGGACGCCGGGCAGAUCAGCGCUGUUUCCUGGGCCUUGGCUACCUACACAGGCGUAGCUCGGAUUUACACCACCACGGCGACGACCGGAGACGCACUGGUUGUGGUGCGGUUCGUCGCCAUGUCCCUGCUCAACAUGUGGGUGCUUCUCACCGUGCUCCACUACCAGAGGCGCGCCAGCAGGUCCCAGAAACAGGACUAAGCUUUAAGGGCCGGAUCCUGGGAGCGGGGCCCGUCCCGUAGACCUGCAGCUCGCUCCCAUCGUCUUCCCAGCUGAGCAAUAAGCAGAACGGUUAUGCAAGCAGACAUCGUAAUACUGACCUUUAAAAAUGACCUACUAUUGAACCCACAUAUCUUUUUUCCAUUCCAUUUUCACAUUCCAGUGAGUGUGUAUCAGCAGAGAUCAAUUCAUUUUUAUACUGUGACACAAACAACUUCCUACUUUUGUAAAAGUCCUUUUCUGAACUAUUUUAAUAAAGCAGACAUUCUA